CCUGUCGAAUUCAUGUUAACUUUUAAUAAGCUCUAGUGCCUUCGUCUAUGUAUACACACGAGAUUAUAUGUUAGAAAUUUAGAAUUGUCACUAUUUUAAGAGAAGAAAGAAUCGUAAAUAUCGCACAAUCCUCAUCCAAAAUUUGAAAAAACGAAAGGAAGGGUUUGCUGGGUGUGGCGUGGAGACGCCGGAGGGAAGCCGUGGAAGGGAGUUACUAUUAAAGGGAAUGGGUCGCAGCAGUAGUAUCGGCUUAUUAUUACCGACGGCAGUGGCGGCGUAUGAACUCCAAGACGCCUCCAAUUGGUGGGAACGAAUUAACCGGUCUCCGGUCUGGCAGGAUCGCAUCUUUCACGUCCUCGCGGCUCUCUACGGUGUUGUCGCCGCCGUAGCUCUGGUUCAACUGAUUCGGAUACAAUUGAGAGUGCCAGAAUAUGGAUGGACCACGCAGAAGGUCUUCCACUUCCUUAAUUUCUUGGUGAAUGGGGUUCGAUCAUUAGUUUUUAUCUUUCGUCGGGAGCUGCAGAAGAUACAACCUGAGAUUGUCCAACAUGUCUUGCUUGAUAUGCCAAGUCUUGCUUUCUUCACGACAUAUGCGCUUUUGGUCCUUUUCUGGGCAGAGAUUUAUUACCAGGCACGUGCUGCAUCUACUGAUGGACUGAGACCAAGUUUCAUUACGAUUAAUGCAGUAGUUUAUGCUGUUCAGAUUGCUUUGUGGUUGAUACUAUGGUGGAAGCCUGUACGAGUGGUGGUCAUCCUAUCUAAAAUGUUCUUUGCAGGUGUCUCUUUGUUUGCAGCCCUUGGAUUUCUUGUCUAUGGUGGAAGACUCUUCUUGAUGUUGCAGCGCUUCCCAGUAGAAUCCAAAGGACGGCGUAAGAAGCUGCAAGAGGUCGGCUAUGUAACCACCAUAUGUUUUUCAUGUUUCCUUGUGAGAUGCGUUAUGAUGUGUUUGAGUGCAUUUGAUAAAGCAGCAGACCUUGAUGUUUUGGAUCAUCCUGUUCUCAAUUUAAUAUAUUACCUGUUGGUGGAGAUAUUACCUUCUUGUUUGGUCCUCUUCAUUUUAAGGAAGCUGCCUCCAAAACGUGGGAUCACACAGUAUCACCCUAUUCGCUGAGGUGAUUGGAGAUAAGACAAUAUGGAAAGCAGUUUCUAGAAAAGGAGGAGAAAUGGAUGGGUGGAGUUGUUAGAUGCUUAUCUAACCACUGAAUAGACGAUGUGCUACGAGAGGACGACAAGGGUACCACUCUGUGUUUGGUGUAUCAAUUUAAUUUUCAUGGGUUCUGAACUGUCAGUUUGUGAUCCUUGGGGAAUUGUAGAUUUGUUGAAAAGAAUGUACUAAGGAUUGUGGGAUAUGUUAAAGACUGUUAGUGUCAUGAUCUUUGAUGUGUAUGUCUAGGAUCAUAUAAUUGUUCUUUUCGGUUCGACACGGACAGAACAUGUGAAUGUCAAUGCUAAAGCUUCUCUAUUGAACCUCU